AUGGCGGACAGCGCGAGCGAGAGUGACACCGACGGCGCGGGCAGCAGCUCGGCCACUCCGAUGUCGACCUGCGCCUCCAACUCGGGCAAGCCGAGUAUCGUGAUCUCUCAGUUUCGCCUGGAGGAGCUCACCAACCGACUGGCCUCGCUGCAGCAGGAAAACAAAGUUCUGAAAAUCGAGCUGGAGACGUUCAAACUCAAGUGCAAAGCGCUGCAGGAGGAGAAUCGGGACCUGCGCAAAGCUAGCGUCACUAUUCAAGCCAGAGCGGAACAAGAGGAAGAGUUCAUCAGCAACACCUUGUUUAAGAAGAUCCAAGCCCUCCAGAAAGAGAAGGAGACCCUGGCUGUGAACUAUGAGAAAGAGGAAGAGUUUCUCACCAAUGAGCUCUCCAGGAAGCUCAUGCAACUCCAGCAUGAGAAGGCUGAACUGGAGCAGCACCUGGAGCAAGAGCAGGAGUUCCAGGUCAACAAGCUCAUGAAGAAGAUCAAAAAGAUGGAGAACGAGACCAUCUCCAAGCAAUUGACUUUGGAGCAGUUGAGGCGUGAGAAGAUCGACCUCGAAAACACAUUAGAGCAAGAACAAGAAGCCCUCGUCAACAGACUGUGGAAGCGGAUGGACAAGCUGGAGGCAGAGAAAAGGAUCUUGCAGGAGAAGUUGGACCAGCCCGUGUCAGCCCCUCCAUCCCCGCGGGACGUCUCCAUGGAGAUUGACUCCCCUGAGAACAUGAUGCGGCAUAUCCGUUUUCUGAAGAAUGAGGUGGAGAGGCUUAAGAAAAGCCUCCGAACCACCGAACUGCAGCACACAGAAAAGCGUGCGCAGUACAUCGAGGAGGAACGACACAUGAGGGAGGAGAACGUCAGGCUGCAGAGAAAGCUCCAGAGGGAGAUGGAGCGUCGAGAGGCACUGUGCAGACAGUUGUCAGAGAGCGAGUCCAGCCUGGAGAUGGACGAUGAGCGGUACUUCAACGAGAUGUCUGCACAGGGGCUGCGAGCGAGGACGGUGUCCAGCCCUAUUCCAUACACCCCCUCCCCUAGUUCCAGUCGCCCUAUAUCCCCUGGUCUUUCGUAUGGCAGCCACACAGUCGGCUUCACCCCACCGGCCACUCUGUCCAGAGCCGCCAUCUCCCACUACAACACCCCCGCCCUGCACGUCCACGGAAGCACCUCCCACUCUGUAACGAGGCCUUCGCCAAGGAGAAGCACCAGCCCUGACAAAUUCAAACGUCCAACGCCCCCGCCGUCCCCCAACACACACUCAGGGGCCCUACAGCCUCAGCCCCCACUGCCCCCACCUGCCCAGCCCAUGGUCCAGUCCAUGUCCUCUCCGGCGGCCAUGUCGCAGCAAGCCGCCGGAGCGCAGCCUCCUCCCUCACAGCCUUAA